AUGUAUUUGUUUCAAUUUUUUCAUGAGAUUGACAUCACCCGAGUUAUGGAAGGCACCCCCUGGACCUUUAACAUAGCCCUGGUGAUACUAGAAAGACUCAAAGAAGGAGAGAACCCGAGAGGGGUUCCAUUGAAUUCGAUGGAGAUAUGGGUUCAAGUGUAUAACCUUAGAGCCGGGUUUAUGUCAGAUAGAGUUCUCAAAGCUUGUGGGGAUUUCAUUGGUCAGUUUAUGGCCUCAUGUUCCAAAAAUUACACCGGUGUUUGGAGGGAGUAUCUCCGGGUUCGGGUUCGAUUUAACAUCGACAAACAUUUGAAGAGAAAAAUGAAGAUUCUGUACUCAAAGACCGAUUUUUUUUGGUUUGAUUUCAAGUAUGAAAGGCUCCCGUCGUUCUGCUUUAUUUGUGGAAUACUGGGCCAUUCAGAGAAGUUUUGCCACCGUCUGUUUGACUCACCGGAAGAGGAGAUCGCCAAACCAUAUGGUCUGUUCAUGAGGGCCCCAGAUCGCAGACCCAACAAAUAG